GUCCGCUUCGGUUCUUCUCCUCCCGCUCUCUACCGUUGAUCGUCCCGCCGGCGUAAAAGUAUUCAAACGGAGGAAUAGGCGAUUCGAGUCGGGGAAGCGGUGAUAAAUUUCACACAGCCAAUCGGAAAUGAGGUUCAACCUCGACCUAGAAGACUCCGACACGCCGGAUUCUUCUCGGCGAACUUCGACUCCCAAAGAGAAUGUCCAGUGGAUUCCGCUCCAGAAGCAUCCCGUCUUCACUUCCGCCGGCGCCGCGUUCGAAGGCACCGCGACUGCUGAUUUUCCGGCGCCGAGGAACCUGCUCGCGUGGGACGGUGCCUCCAGGUUGUACUAUUGGGAAUCAAGCAAGCAGUGCCUCCACCGAGUCUCAAUCCGACUAGGCGAGCCGGAACCUACUAAUGUGCUCGCUGCUUCUCCGUCCAAGGUAUUGGUAGCAGAUGUGAAGAUCCCCUUUGUGGUUAACAAGAUCUCCAUUAAUAGAAACGGGUCAGCUUUGCUUCUUGCUGGUACGGAUGGCAUAUGCGUGAUGUAUCUAUAUGGACGCAGUUCUUCUAGGGACAACAGCAUUACAUGCAGGACUGUCUCAAUCGGUUCCCGAAUAUAUUUUGAUGAAAGCAACGUUAUACGCACUCUGCAAGUUUCUUGGCACCCUUACAGCGAGACGCAUUUAGGAGUUCUUUCAUCUGAUUCGGUGUUCAGGAUCUUCAAUCUGUCUGCGGAUGUCCUGCAACCAGAGCAGGAAUAUUUUUUACAGCCUCUUCAACCUGGUAGAUCAAGAAAUGCUUCUUCCAUGUGUCCUGUUGAUUUUUCGUUUGGUGGAGAUCACUUGUGGGACAGAUUUGCUGUGUUUGUAUUAUUCAGUGAUGGCUCUAUUUACAUUCUCUGCCCUAUUGUUCCUUUUGGGAGUGUCUACAAGUGGGACUCAGUUUUGGAGAUAUAUAACGAUGCCAACACACUGGGGCUGGAAUCAGCAAAUCCAAUUGCAGUUAGCAACUCUAGUCGGGCAGUCUCUUGGUUAGAAGCUACGUUUCCAGAGUUGAGUUCAGAAGCAGGGGACAGAGAAAACAUUUCUGCAGUGAAAGCUGAAGCCCAUGCUUUAUUUGAUGCAUCACUCUGCUUGCAGGGGCCACUGCAGAGAAUUCAGCGGCAUAGGGCAAAUGAGGACUUUGCAGUUUCUACUGGGGUGAGCGAAGGGCGUGCCAUCGGUUUUCUCUACAAUCUUGUCAGCAAAGACUCAAUUCUGGUUACUGCCUGGACUGGCGGCCAGUUACAGAUAGAUGCUUUGGCUGAUGAGAUCCAGCCACUGUGGACAAUCGGUAGUGCACCUCGCCUCCGUGUUAAUCCCCAAGACCACCAAGUUCUUGGUCUUGCUAUGAUCUGUGGAUCAAUCCCUCAUCACCUCCCUGUUGUGAAGCUAGAUCAACCACUUGACCAGACGGUUUGGUUGGGUCACCCGCCACCUCUGUUGAGACUUGCGAUUGUAGAUUUGUCCUUGCCCCAGAAAAGAGAGAGUGGUUAUCAUAUUCUCAUGUUUGCCGAUCCACUCAUGCCCGAAAGAAUCUACUGCCUUCAUGAAGGAGGGGUAGACUCGAUCGUGUUGCAUUUUCUCCCAUUCACCAAUCAGUCGAGUGGGAAGGAUGAAACUGUCAGGGCUCCGUCUGUUCAUCCUGUGCUGAGUACCUGCCAGGUGGACAAUACUACAUCAGUGUCUCCUCUCUGUGGUUUUGUGGCCUUGUCUGAUUCGUUUGGGUAUUCAUGGGUUGUGGGGACAACGUCCACUCAAGAAUGCAUUGUGCUAGAAAUGAAAACAUGGGAUCUGUUACUUCCUCUACAAGUUGCUACUGACCACUACACUAAUGGUGAAGAACGAAAGGAGACGAAUAAUGCUCCAGACAUCAUUAGCAAAGACCUACUUGCAGGUCCCAAGGUGGUUCCUGUUCCUCAGGUGUCACCAAAUCUUCGAUCAGUUGCUGCUGACUCUAUAGAAGGCCGAUCAAUGCUUCAUCAGUACUUCAAGCUUUUUCAUGAAAAUUAUGUCGAGUAUGCCCAUAAGGUUUACUUUGAGCUGGAGCAUCAUGGGCCACAGAUGAAGAGAAUCAUUGAUGACCAGCAGGCUCGUCUCAGCGAGGCUCAGGAGAAACUUGUGAGAGUAAGGAACAAACAGACUGGCCUGGAUGAUAGGCUUAAGCAUGCAAUUCAUCAGCACCAUAUUCUGGAACAGCGUUUGAAUCAGUUGAGGAAUCUUCCCGGAGUUCACAAGAAACCUUUGUCUAGAGCUGAGCGGAAGUUCAGCUCGGAACUUGACCAACUUACGGGGGUUGAACUGGAUGCAUUGCAUUCAUCCAUUGAGACACUAAGAGCUCGGCAGAGAAGGUAUACAACACAGUCUUCAAAAGACAUCAUCUCUAACCAACGGAGGAAAAUACCAGGGAGGAGCCAUGUCCUGGAUGCCCAAAUGUCCCAACUAAAAUCUUCACUUGCUAAGCUUUCGCUCAUUAAUUCUGAAAAUGCGAAGAAAGUAAAGGCUGUAGAAUCUAGCUUGAAAGCUCAGGGAAGCGGUAAAUAACUGAACCCUGCAGUAGCUGUUGCCUGUUAGGCUGAACUGAAUAGACGUAUCUUUGUUUCUGUAAUUGCAGCUAUUUUGAAAUUGGAGCUGUGGUGCAUAUGUUGUAUUUUACCCUUUGAUACAUUUGUUCUGAUAUUAUGGCCACAUAUCAGUUGGCGCAAUGCAGAAAUUGUGUUACUCUGUUUCUCUGUGCUCUUUUCUAACAGACUCAAUCAAGCAGUUCCUUUCAAGGGGCAGGCACAAAAAUGCCAAUCCAGGGUACUGCUUCUGCGUUCGGGUUGUCGGAAAGAACACCAGCUUAUCUUCCUCAGCCGGCUCCCAACUGCACAACCAACAUAGAAAAAAAUCCCAGGCAAAGGUAAAACACCUUAAACCCACAUGAUAAAUUAACAAACUACAAUGCAGAUGUGUAUUGAGAUUCAAUUUACCUGAAACGAGUGACUAAAUGAUGAAGGAACACAGAGAGUUCCACUCUGGCAAGCUCAUAACCUGGGCAGAGUCGACCCCCUCCGCCGAACGGAGUGUACACAUUCCCAGGACUUGCUGCUCCUGAGUUGUUCUGCCAUCUCCAGGGGUUAAAAGUUCGAGCAUCUUUGAAGUGAUCCUGGUCCAUAUGCACAGCUCGAAAUGAGGCAAACACCUUCCACCCUUUGGGAAUUACGUACCCUUUGACAGGUAUGUCAGUGAUGGCUCGCCUAAACACCCCGCCGAUUAUGUUGGCCACUCUCAAGGUCUCGUUAACAACGCAUUGAGUGAAGGGCAUGGACUUAUAAUCGCUCCACUCCAGAGCCUCUCCUUCCUUCUUCUUUGCCCUGAUCUGAUCGUGCUCCUCC